UCAUCGAUCGCGCUCGCUUCCUCCCCACAGCGACGACGAGGUGAAGGGAGCCGCCAUGGCGUUCUGCUCGUGCUUCGGCCCUUCGAAGGCGGAGAGGCGGGAGGCCGACCGUGCCGAGUCGGAAGAAGCUCGCGCCAAAGCCGCCGAGGCCGCGCAGAGGAGGCAAGAGCAGUUUGACAAGUCGGCUGCGGGGAGAGCGGCGAAAGCACAGAUGGCGGCCUUAGCGAAGCAAUCGAGUGUCUCGAACAAAGGGGAACCUGUUCUCAAGUGGCAAAUGGGUUGAGCUUCAGAUUCUUGUGGAUUCUCAUAUGGAAAGAUAAAGGUCAUCUCGCAGUUUGAUAAAAAGAGUGGAAAGCUGAAAGCAACUUAAAGCAGUGGCUUAGGUGAUUGGUGAAAGAAGGAUGAAAAAUUGUCCCAACAUAUUCAAUUCUACUGGAAAUGAUUGUUCAUUCAAAACUGGUUCACUUGUAGAACGAAUAUUCUAUAGAACAGAUGGAGAUUUGUUUGAGCCAUGAUGAUCAUUAAUCCUAUGCUAUAUUGCUUAUUGCUUGAGGCUCGACUACCUUAUGAUUGUAUAUAACAUGGAUAUGUUGAAUUUGAAUGAACCAUGUGUUUAACCAUUUCA